UGCGCCCAGGACAUUUACAAAACUAUUGAUACCGAUAAUAGUAUUGCUCGAAUACAAGGAAUACGGAUUGUGAUAUAUCUGGACGAUAUGCUUAUUCUGGACCAAAGCCCAGAAAGACUGUCGUCAAUUUUUCGGAGUGUUGUCAAUCUACUAAAACGUCUGGGAUUUCUCAUCAAACAGGAGAAAUGUUCCCAAGCCCCAUCCCAGUGUUUAGAGUUCCUGGGAUCCUUGAUCAACUCGAAGGAGAUGACACCAGCUGCACCCAACGACAAACUCGAAAAGCUCCAAAUAGAGUGCAAGAAUGCAAUCCAGAAUCGCUGGCUGACGCUGAAAGAACUCUCGGUUUUAUUAGGCAGAAUGAACCAUGGCUCCCAAGUGAGUCUAACCCAGGGACCUUUGCAUUAUCGUGCACUGCAGAGGCAACAUGUCAACAGCAUUCACCAGAGCAAACGUCUCUCGAACAAGACAAAGGCCUAUCUGACAGAGAAUCAAUAA